CGAGUGUGUUUUCCUUGGUGUUGCCCGUUCACGAUGUUGUCAUAAUGGCGGCGAAGAACCUCUAAGCAAGGUCCCGCUUCUUUUUCUGAACUUAUCCCCUAAGUCAGCUCUUGCUAUAAAGACUUGUUGCCCGUAUUUUUUUGUCUUCGAGAUAUUUCCCUGGUAAAAGCAUUAAUACAACAGCAAACACUUUUGCUUCUGAUUCAUCGAUUGAUUCCUUUUCCGCCCUUCCUCGAUUUCACUCCCACAAACCAUCGCCAUGGCUCCCAUUGCACUCACCCCUCCCGCCGUAGAGGCCAAAUCACAGCCCACCAUUGAGGUCUCAAAAUCCUCUCCUGUCGAUUCCUCCAACAUUGGCACUAAGCGCAAGAUCAUCUGCUUCUCAGACUUCGAUGGAACCAUCUUCAUGCAAGAUACUGGCCACAUCCUCUUCAACAAUUUUGGAUGCGGUACCGAACGACGACAAAUGCUCGACGAGCAGAUCCACAGUGGCGAGCGCUCUUUCCGCGAUGUCUCUGAGGAGAUGUGGGGCUCGCUCGAUGUCCCCUUCGACGACGGGUUCGAGGUGAUGAAGAAGGCGCUUGAGAUCGAUUGCGACUUCGAGACCUUCCACAAAUUCUGCAUCAACAACGGCAUUCCCUUCAAUGUCAUCUCUGCUGGCCUCAAGCCUGUCCUCCGAAAGGUCUUGGACCACUUCCUCGGAGAGGAGAACUCGAAGCACAUCGAUAUCGUCGCCAACGAUGCCACCAUCUCUUCCGACGGUAGCCAGUGGAAGCCCGUCUGGCUCCACGACACCGAGCUCGGUCACGACAAGGCGAAGUCGAUCAACGACUACAAGGACCAGGCUAGGCUCGAGAGCGACGACGGUACCAUCCCCAUGAUCGUCUUCAUCGGUGACGGUGUCUCCGAUCUCCCUGCUGCCCGCGAAGCCGAUGUUCUCUUCGCCCGCCGUGGCCUCCGUCUCGAGGAGUACUGCAUCGAGAACAACCUCCCCUACAUUCCCUUCGACACCUUCGCCGACAUCCAGCGCGAGGUCAUCAAGAUCGCUAAGAUCGAUGAGGAGAAGACCAAGGGUCAAGGCCUUCCUUCGAACUUCAACCCUCGCGCAAACAUGUGGCGCCGUGCCAGCAGCAAGAAGAACGUCCCACUCUUCGCCGCCAUGACCCCCAAGGAGGAGAAGAUGUUCACCUGGCCAGACACCUUCACUCAGUUGAAGGCUCCGGCCGAGACGACGACAGAGCUGGAGUCAUCGGUCACUGCUGCACCGGCUGCAUGAUUUAGUUUCCUAUCUCUGUCUCUCUCCACUUGCAAGCAUUUCCCUUUU